AUCGCAAGAACCUCACCACCCUUUUCUUCGCGAUAACCACUCCAAAAUGGCGAUGCAGAUAUUUGGUGAAAAUGCGACAGAGGAGAAAGCCGAAAACGCGCGUCUCUCCUCCUUCGUCGGCGCCCUCGCCCUAGGCGACCUCGUCAAAUCCACGCUCGGUCCCAAAGGCAUGAACAAAAUCCUCCAAUCCGGGUCCACGGGCGACAUCAACGUGACGAACGACGGCGCCACCAUCCUCAAAGCGAUCCAACUCGAUAACGCUGCUGCGAAGAUUUUGGUUAAUAUAUCCAAGGUGCAGGAUGAUGAGGUUGGGGAUGGGACGACGAGUGUGACGGUGUUGGCGUCGGAGCUGUUGAGGGAGGCGGAGAAGCUGAUUCAGCAGAAGAUUCAUCCGCAGACGAUUGUGGAGGGGUAUAGGAUUGCGAGUAGGGCCGCGUUGAAGGCGUUGGAGGCUGCUGCUGUGGAUAAUCGAGGGGAUCAGCAAAAGUUUAGAGAAGAUCUGUUUAAUAUCGCGAGGACGACGCUUUCGUCCAAGGUUCUCUCCCAAGACAAGGAUUACUUUGCGAAUUUGGCGGUGGAUGCUGUGCUUCGUUUGAAGGGUUCAGUAGAGUUGGAGCACAUCCAGAUCAUCAAAAAGGUCGGAGGCAAGCUGACGGAUUCGUACCUCGAUGAAGGGUUCAUCCUUGAUAAAACUAUCGCUGUCAACUCGCCGAAGCGGAUUGAGAAUGCCAAGAUCCUCAUCGCUAAUACUUCUAUGGACACUGACAAGAUCAAGAUCUUUGGUGCAAGACUUAAAGUCGAUGGGACUGGUAAACUCGCGGAACUUGAGCGUGCAGAACGCGAAAAAAUGAAAGCCAAAGUCGACGCCAUCGCUUCGCACGGCAUCAACGUCUUCGUCAACCGACAGCUCAUCUACAACUACCCCGAAUCCCUCCUCGCUGAGAAGGGCAUCAUGGUCAUCGAACACGCUGAUUUCGAGGGUGUGGAGAGGUUGUCGCUUGUUACUGGCGGCGAGAUCGCGAGCACGUUCGAUAGGCCUGACCUCGUCAAGUUGGGACAAUGCGAGUUGAUUGAGGAGAUCAUGAUCGGUGAAGACAAGCUCAUCAAGUUCUCGGGUGUCUCAGCCGGCGAAGCCUGCACCGUCGUCCUCCGCGGUUCGACAAACCAAAUGGUCGACGAAGCCGAACGAUCCUUGCACGACGCCCUCUCCGUCCUCUCGCAAACCGUCAAAGAAACCCGUACGGUCCUCGGAGGCGGGUGCUCUGAGAUGCUCAUGAGCUGUGCGAUUGAAGAAGAGGCAAGGGGUAUCAAGGGCAAGAAGGCGCUGGCGGUUGAGGCGUUUGCCAAGGCUCUGAGGGAGAUUCCGACUAUUUUGGCUGAUAAUGCUGGGUUUGAUAGUUCAGAGCUUGUGUCCAAGUUGAGGGCUGCACAUUUUGAGGGGCAGAAUGAGACUGGGCUUGAUAUGGAGCAUGGCACGAUUGGGUCGAUGAGGCAGCUUGGUGUUACUGAGAGCUACAAGUUGAAGCGACAGGUUGUGCUCAGUGCUACUGAAGCCGCUGAGAUGAUCAUCCGGGUCGACAACAUCCUGCGUGCGGCACCUCGUAAACGGGAAGCAGUAUAAUCAAUCAUAACAAGGAGGAAUAUUCUGUACUGUACAACUAUAUAGACUCUGCUACUUUCU